AUCGGAUUGGACAACAAAUAUAUGGACCGAGGGAGAGAGCGAGAGAGCAGUUUGACAUCUCUGAGGGAUUCAGCGGAGUUUAACGGUGAGAAGCAAGACGGAGCGGAACUCGGAGCCCAGAUCGAACUCAGCAAAACCUGUGAGAUGCUCAGAAACCCCCGGACAGGCAAUUUUCUGAAUUUAGAUUAACCAGUGUGUUAGGACGCGCCCAACAUCAUCAUCACUGGGUAGCCCAUGCACAUGCACGACACCAUGGGUAGCUCCCCCGAGGUGCUAUCGUGGACUUCCUGCCCGAGUCUGCUGGUGGGCAAGCUGAAGGAGGAGCUCAAGCUCACCGUGGUCGGGGAUGCCAUGAAGAAAUCAAACUCACCCAACUCCCAACCUCAGCCUCCUCAGGCCCCUCCGUCCAGUUUACCUCCUCAGAUUAUCACAGACCUGGCCCCGCCGACACACCUGCCCGUUCCCCUGCAGACGCUGCAGACGCCCGGCCAGGAUGAGGACUCAGUGCUGGGGGGUAUAAGCCCCCCGAACACAGCCUUGAGCGUGGACUCGACACGAAGUGAGGGCGGGCACUUUGACAACAGUGUGCUCCAGCUGCAGGAGCAGGACCAUGAGGAAGCCGGAUCGCCAGCCUCCUGCGAGCACGGCGGAUGUGGCAGUGGGAUGGAGGAGCAGAUGGGAGAAGGAGACUGUCCCAUGGACCACAGUGGAGGAGGAGGACAGGGCCACCCCCAUCACCCCGAUGACAUCAAGUUGCACUUCCACAGAGCGGGGCCUGGGUCUGGUGGCUUCUUAGAGGGGCUGUUUGGCUGUCUUCGGCCUGUGUGGAACAUCAUAGGGAAGACAUACUCGACAGAAUACAAGCUACAGCAGCAAGACAUGUGGGAGGUUCCAUUUGAGGAGAUUUCAGAGUUGCAGUGGCUGGGCAGCGGUGCACAAGGAGCCGUCUUCUUGGGCAAGUUCCGCUCUGAAGAGGUGGCCAUCAAGAAGGUGCGCGAACAGAAGGAGACGGACAUUAAACACCUCAGAAAACUCAAACAUCCAAAUAUCAUCAGCUUCAAGGGUGUGUGCACCCAGGCACCUUGUUACUGCAUCAUCAUGGAGUACUGUGCCCAGGGCCAGCUGUAUGAGGUGUUGAGGGCCGGGAGGAAAGUGACCCCCAGGAUGCUGGUGGACUGGGCCUCGGGCAUCGCCAGCGGCAUGAACUACCUGCACCUGCAUAAAAUUAUCCACAGAGAUCUCAAGUCUCCCAAUGUUUUGGUCACACACAACGACACUGUGAAAAUCUCUGACUUUGGAACGUCCAAAGAGCUCAGUGACAAAAGUACAAAGAUGUCAUUUGCUGGUACGGUGGCCUGGAUGGCCCCGGAAGUGAUUAGAAAUGAGCCUGUGUCUGAAAAAGUAGACAUCUGGUCAUUUGGAGUUGUGUUAUGGGAACUGCUGACGGGAGAGAUUCCCUACAAAGACGUGGACUCCUCCGCCAUCAUUUGGGGUGUUGGCAGCAACAGUCUUCACCUUCCUGUCCCCUCCACCUGCCCGGAUGGCUUCAAAAUCCUCAUGAAACAAACAUGGCAAGGCAAGCCCAGGAAUAGGCCUUCGUUUCGUCAGAUCCUCCUACAUCUUGACAUUGCCUCUGCUGAUGUCCUAGGAGCUCCUCAGGAGACCUACUUCAAGUCUCAGUCAGAAUGGAGGGAGGAAGUGAAGAAACAUUUUGAGAAGAUCAAAAGUGAAGGCACCUGCAUCCACAGGCUGGACGAAGAGCUGAUCCGACGCAGGCGGGAUGAACUCAGGCAUGCUCUGGACAUCCGGGAGCACUAUGAGAGGAAACUGGAGAGGGCAAACAACCUCUACAUGGAGCUCAGUGCCAUCAUGCUGCAGCUGGAGGUCCGAGAGAAGGAACUAAUGAAGAGAGAGCAGGCAGUGGAGAAGAAGUAUCCCGGGACCUACAAGCGCCACCUGGUCAGACCCAUCGUCAGGUCUAACGCUGUAGAGAAGCUCAUCAAGAAGAAAGGAAGCAUGUCCCACAAACCCGGGAUGCCCCCCACAAAAAGGCCAGACUUGCUUCGUUCUGAUGGCAUCCCCAGUGUCGACCCUCUCCCCUCCCCCUCGCCACUGUCAGCCAGCCCGAAGGUGUCCACUCCUCCUGGCAAAGCCCGGUACAGAAGCAAGCCUCGUCACCGCCGCGCAAACAGUAAAGGAAGCCACAGCGAGUUCCCCGGGCUGCUGAAGCCCGUCGCUGGGCCACUAGAGGACACCCAGUCUCUUCAGGAGCAACAGUUCCACCAUCAUCACCACCACCACCCACCGACCGAGGGGCCCUUCCUUCCUUUGAAGGGCCGCGAGGAGGCCGUCGUCAACUGUGCCAACAACCUGCGCUACUUUGGCCCUGCCGCUGCCCUCCGUAGCCCUCAGACUGACCACCUGCAGCGCCGUGUGUCUGGCUCCAGCCCUGACCUCAUAUCCACAGCUGUGGAUGCAGACACGCGACAGCGGACUUCAUCCACCAGCUCCAAUCCUCUCCCGGGUGCAGGUGCUGGUUCUUUGUGUCCCUGCUGCCAGGCUCACCCCUUCCCUGGCUGCCUACACUGUCAGGAGACCCCUCCUGCGUCAAACCACCCAGAGUUGCCCCACUACUCACUGCUCAACACCCAGGAAAGUGCCCCAUCUUCUUUGGGGGUUCCCGGCAAAGAUCUAGCCUCAGACGGAGAGGCCGCAAAGAAGGCUGAGCCACAGGAACAAGAGGCAUGCCAACACACUCACGCCCUGCCCACUGCACUGCCCCGCACUCUCAGACCUCUCAGGAAGGGUGGGGAUGAGUCAUCUGAAGAGGAAGAAGGGGAGGUUGAUAGUGAAGUGGAGUUUCCACGGAGACAGAGACCUCAUCGCUGUAUGAGCAGCUUCCAGUCUUACUCCACCUUCAGCUCAGAGAACCUGUCUGUGUCUGACGGAGAGGAGGGGAACACCAGCGACCACUCCCACAGCGGGCCCCUGGAGAGGCUGAGCGCCAGUCAGGAGGAGCACCUGGAUGAGCUGCUGUCGCACACGCCGGACAUCCCCAUCGACAUCUCCACCCAGUCAGACGGCCUCUCUGAUAAGGAGUGCGCCGUCCGCAGGGUGAAGACCCAGAUCUCACUGGGAAAACUGUGCUCCGACGAGCACAGCUAUGAGAAUCCGCUACAGUUUGGGGACUCAGACUGUGAUUCAUCAGAAGCAGAGUGCUCCGAUGCCACCAUUAGAAACAACAAAGUCGGGGCUCCUUCCUCGUGGUGAAACCCGCCCCGGGGCUCAGUUCUGUUUUUGCCUGGAGGCCAUCACGUCCCACUCUGCCCUGCAGAAAAUACAGCAAUAAGAGGACAUCAUUCUAAACAAAGCUCCCUAUAGCAAAGCCCCAUGCAGUCUCUCCCAGGACCCCCUUCACACCUACCCUUCCCCUCAUAAAACCCAGUCUCCCUCAGCUCUAGCACAGCAUCCAGGCAACCCAUGGCAGGGAUUCCCUUUUGAAUGAUAAUGUACAGUCGAUAGUGUAACAUUCAUAAUUUAUUUUUGUCUGAGUUUUGAAGGAAAAUUCAGGACCUCUGUAUGUUCUCUGAUCUGAACAGAGAAAAAACUGACAUUUUGAAACUGAGCAUGGGCUAACUGUGUGGUGGGGAGAGACUGAGAUUGGAUGAAGAUGCAGAUGAUGAUGAUGUGAAGGAGGAUGUGCUGGGGUGCUGAUGUAUCAGAGGCGGACAGCUAGCAGCGUGGUUAUAUCACUGCUUUUGUUGGUCUCUCAGGAGACUGACUUAGACUAGGAUUUAUCAGUUGCUCUCAGCAUCUUAAUGUUGUAGACCGAAAUCCCCAACCAACAAGGACUCCCUCUUACUAAAAGUAAGACCGACCUGCUUUAUCAUGAGUUUACAGUGCAGAGCCCCAGUUACCCCGCCUCCCCCACUUCCAUCCCAUCCCCACCAUGGUGAGUGGGAAACAGGAAGCUCAUGAAAACCGUAUGAACACCAGCAUGAACAACCUGCCUCGCGACCGGACUCCCUCCCUCUGUAGAAAACCACCACGUGUGUCUAGUCAUCAGGAUCCCCGCUGAACUGUCCUAGCAUGCCUGUGCAGCUCGCAGAAUGCAAAAGCUGCCAGAAGACUGCAUGAAGUGGACGAGCCAGCAGAGCAACAGAGAUAGAGACACAGCUGACAGCUGAAGAAACAAUAACAAAAAAAAGAGACUCUUUCUCUGUGACCCAGCUAAUCUUUCUCCAAGACACGCCACUGUCAUUGUCAUCGUCAAUCAGAUGUCAUGACCGGAGUUGUUAAGGGAGUUAUCUGUGUGUGUGAUUGUGUGUGUGUGUGAGAGAGGGUGUGUGAGAACAAAAAGCCCUUUCCUCUCCAUUAGACAUUACAGUUUCAAGUCUCAUCUCAGGAUUGUUCGAGGACUGCGAGAAACUGGACUGGACCAAUAAUUGAGUGUAGGAAUCUCCUUUGAGUGGCACAUAUUACGGACCAUGCAGGAAUAUUAAAAAAGCCAAUAGCCUUGAUGUUCAACCCAUUGUUGCUGUAACGGAUAUUAAUGCUAUGUAGAGAUAUAGAGUGUUUUAGUUGCAAUCCAGGUGCAGUAUCCCAUUUCUUGAAAUCACAAGGUGCAGUGUCUCCCGUGUACAAUUUUCUAGCAGGGUAAUUUAUACUGUCCAAUAAGCAAUGUCCAAAAAUAUUUGUUUUACUGUGCUGUGGUGAGUAAAACAGCAAUAAUGUAAGUUGGCGCUCAGGUGAGAAUGAAGUUGCUUGCUCAGGAUCUGGAGCGUCUAGCUGGCUAGACACUAUAAUGGCUGGAGGAGAGCAGCAAGUGUCAAACAGCUUAUUAUAGAUGCUAUAUUUUUUAAUUGUCCCAUUUUUGUGAACUUGCCUUUCCAGAUAUUUGAUGCUCAGGUUUUAUGUUGCGGAUUGACAGCAGGAGCAAUAUAUCAACAGCCACUAGAUGGCGACAGUUACUAUGACUUAUUUUUCCUUGUGUUAUGUAAAUGUCCUGGUUCAAUUUCUUUUUUCUACCCAAGCUAAUUUAUCUGACAUUUGCCAUGAGCAUAAAAAUCUAAGCAUCCCAGCAAUAUUACUUUUUUUGUUUUGUUGUAUUUUAAAAGGGAUACUGCAUCUGUGAGAGCUUUAUUUUUUAUCUCUGUUAUAGUGUUUGUCAUCUUUAAUGGUUUUGCGGUUGAAAAUUAGCUAGCCAGGGUUGAAUUUAAAGAUUAUGAUGUCAAGAUGUCAGCUCAAGUGUAUGCAGACUGCUGAGCUACUAAGUUAGGAAUAUAAGCCAGAGACAAGGCCACAGAGCAAUAAAGCUGCUCUUGGUUUUCAUCAACCUCAUCUCAGUGUUAGUUACCCCUGUAUAUAAACACCUGUAAAUGUAAUGUUGCCCGUUUUUGUCCUCUCUCUGUAACGCAUCGCACAGCUCUGACAGAGCAUCGAGCUUCUGCCACCGACAACCAGCCGACAGGUUGAAAAUGAGCAGAAAAUCUGUAUUACAUCAGUAUUGAACACUGCAGGAGGGUGUGAGUCAUGAGAACCGAGUAGCACAAGGUGAAUCUAAAACUGUACUGAUGGAUAAAUUACCUUUUGCUUGAAAGGCUUACACCUGGUAUUGAAAGCAGCUGCUGCCUUUCCUCGAGCCUCCUUCAACCUUCUUCACUCUGUUUACGUACGUGUGAACUAACCUAGUGUAUUGUAAUGACUGGGUAAUCCGAUCAAGCUGUUCAUAACAUUGUCUCUCUGGCAUAUAUCCUGUGAAGUAUGAUUGUUGUAAAGUUUUAAUUUAAUAUUGAUUCUUUUUUUUUCUUUGUAGCUGGCCUACAUGAUUAUUGAAUUAAUUUAUUAUGAAUGACUGGUGUUGUGUUCUUUUUAAUUUCAGGCAGCUUUCGAAAAGUCAUGACCUAUGAUUUCUCCUGAAAAGUAUUAUUUAAAGGAAGCACAAUGAAUUGGUGUGGGAAGAGGACAGUAUUUGUAUGGCAGAACAAAGGCGUAUCACAGGAAUCUGAAGUUGUUUUUAUCUUUGUGACCCUGCAGGGGGGCCAUUCAUUAUUUAGAUUAUCACUGUGGAUGAAGUAUUGAUUUAGCAGACUUAACAUCAGUAAUUAGCAACAUUACGUUCCUAAAGCUUUUUUUUUUUAACCUUGACAUAGGUUAUAAGGAAUCACUUGUAGUACAACCAAAAGCCAGUCAGUGGACUGUCACAGCAGGGUAAAUGAGACAUUAAGCCUGAAGGCAUGUGUGAUGCCGAUUUCUGUACUUCUGCAGAGAUCCUUUCCUCUCAUUUUUAAUUAAAAUACUUACAUUUGAAUUUCUGUGAAAUUGUCUCUAACUGUGGACAUCAUGUCGCCUCAUCCCAUGUAUCAAACAUCUAUUUCUUUGUUACUCUCAUUUCCAACUCCCUUUCCUGUUGAAUGGCAUUACGAUCAACCAAUCCUAUCAGUUUCCUGUAUUAUCCAGUGUACAGUGCAAUGGGUAUCUGGGAGAAUAAAAUCGGAGCCAACAACUGCAUGGAAUAAAUGCUGAUGUA